CACAACUCUCCAUCGACUUAAAGUACUAAAACCUGUAGGGUAUACACAUAACAAUUAGAUACAAAGAGCUAGAUAGAUAUAACAAUGGCGGUGGGUGUGAUGGAUAUCGAAGGAGGUGGUGCUUCCUUACCUGGAAAGACGACUUUUCAAGUCGUCAUGUGCAGUAUCAUUGCUGCUGUUGGUGGUCUCAUGUUUGGUUAUGACAUCGGAAUCUCAGGGGGUGUGACGAGUAUGGACACUUUUUUACUAGAUUUUUUCCCUCACGUGUACGAGAAGAAACACAGAGUGCACGAAAACAACUACUGCAAAUUCGAUGACCAGCUUUUGCAGUUAUUCACUUCUUCUCUCUAUUUAGCUGGUAUCUUCGCUAGUUUUGCCGCUUCCUUCUUAUGCAGAAGGUUCGGAAGAAAACCUGUAAUCAUGUCCGCCUCCAUCUUCUUCCUCCUCGGUGCUAUUCUCAACUACUUUGCCAGAGAUCUCGGCAUGUUGAUCGGUGGUCGUAUUCUCCUUGGCUUCGGUAUCGGUUUUGGUAAUCAGACCGUUCCAUUGUUCAUCUCGGAGAUUGCACCACCUAGAAUCAGGGGAGGACUAAACAUCGCGUUUCAGCUUCUCAUCACCAUUGGAAUCCUAGCAGCGAGUUUCGUGAACUACUUAACCUCCACGAUGAAAAACGGCUGGAGAUACUCUCUCGGUGGUGCGGCUGUUCCCGCCUUGAUCCUCUUGAUAGGAUCCUUCUUCAUCCACGAGACUCCAGCUAGCCUCAUCGAGCGCGGCAAAGACGAGGAAGGGAAGAAAGUCCUGAGGAAGAUCAGAGGCAUCGACAACAUCGAACUCGAGUUCAACGAGAUCAAACGCGCCACGGAGAUUUCAAACAAAGUGAAAACCCCUUUUAAAGAACUCUUCACAAAAAGCGAGAACAGACCGCCGCUUGUGUGCGGAACGCUGCUUCAGUUCUUCCAACAGUUUACUGGAAUCAAUGUGGUUAUGUUCUACGCUCCGGUCUUGUUUCAGACCAUGGGGAGUGGUAACAACGCUUCUCUGGUCUCUACCGUUGUAACCAACGGUGUGAACGCACUCGCCACCGUUUUCGCCGUCAUCAUGGUUGAUAGGCUGGGUAGAAAGUUCUUUUUGGUUGAAGGAGCAACUCAAAUGAUGGCUACACAGAUAACUAUUGGAGCCUUGCUCUUAAAAUACUUACACCUAGUGGGCCCUAUUACAAGUCACGCCGUGCCACUUAUAGUACUGAUCCUCAUCUGUAUCUAUGUGUCUGGUUUCGCGUGGUCGUGGGGACCAUUGGGAUGGCUUAUUCCGUCUGAGAUCUAUCAACUUGAGGUGAGAACAAGUGGUUACUUCUGUGCAGUGGCGAUGAACAUGGUGUGCACUUUCGUUAUCGGACAGUUCUUCUUGUCGGCGCUAUGCCGAUUCAGAUCGGGCUUGUUCUUCUUCUUUGCGGUCAUGAAUGUUAUCAUGGGACUGUUUGCAAUCUUCUUUCUCCCAGAGACGAGAGGUGUUCCUAUUGAGGACAUGGCCGAGCAGCGUUGGAAGAAGCAUUGGCACUGGAAGAAAUAUUUCAAGCAGAACUGAUUUUUUUUUUUCUGUCUUGUUGCUCGUAGAAUUCUUAGAUUUGGAAUUUAGGCGGGUUGUUCGCAUCCUGUUCGAGAGAGUUUA